AUGGUAAGCACACGUUCCAAGACUGGCGGCGCAAGCGAGCCAAAGCAAGCAACCCUUGAAGAGUUUGACGUCAAGCCUGCCGCAAAUGCUCCGGCUCAUCAACCACCAACGCCACCACCAAAGGAGUCAAUUCCUUCGGACAAGCCAGAGGAAGAGAAUCGCCCACGCAAAGUGCCGAAAGGCUCUACGCCCUCGGACCCCGUCGGUGCAGCUCGUCGAGCCGCUGAGACGAGGAGGAAGGAUCCCAGGGGCGGAGCACCCGAAGCACAGUCUAAAGGCAAGCGUAAUGCGGCGAACGGCACCAAGAAGGAAGAUGAUGCAUCUGAAAAAGCCAACGAGAGGUCCACAAGCAAGCCCAUCAUGAUCAAUCGUGCACCAGUCCUGACACUCUGGGCUGCAUGUGUCGCAUGCUUUCUCUACCCAGACCUCAACUGGGAGGCAUGUCUCAGCGCAGGUGCCGCGAUCGCGACCCUCUGUGCCAUAUCUAAGGGGCGAGCGGUCGGUAAGAUGGACCCUCCCAAUGAUGACAAUGACAACAAGGCAAAGAAGAAGGAGAAGAGAGAAAAGGAUAGGGACGAUGCUCCACAAAAUCUAGAUGUGAUGUCCUUCGCUCUGCCUCUCAACCCUAAGGAUGGCGGCAGAAGUGUCAUGAUGAGCGGCAAACCCAAGCCGCAGUCAGAGUCCGCCUUGAUUAGCAAGUAUGGUGGGAAGGAAGCAUAUUCGUCUGCGAGAAAGGCUAUGGAGGAAGGGCUGAAGGCAUGGAGGGACGAUGAAGACGAGCUUAAUCGAAGGGCUUUCGGCAUGUAUGAAAAGUUUAGGCCAGGUGUGCCCAGUGGAAGCCAAGGCUGGGGAAGGAAAGGAGAGCUGGACCUGGAAAAGAUCGCUCAGGUCGUUGGAAAGAACUGA